AUGGCAAGCAUUUUGAUUUCCGAGAAGCUAGAAGCUACCAAGUUCUAUCUGGCCUCGAGUAUCGUGACCGCGAAGGAGGAUCUUCGUGCUGCCCAACAUCUCGGAACAGCGGCAGUCGAGGAAUGGCUGACAGGUCUCGACGCCCGGGGCAAGGAUCUAAGGAGCGACGCUGCUCGAUGGGAGAGGUGGGCGGCUACGGGUGGGCUGGCCCUCCUAAACCAACCAAUACGGCGACAGCCGAACCACGAAUUGAAUGGCCCAGUCCACGCAGUAUUGGUGCGAGCCUCCCCAGGGACAUCAAAGUCGGUCGCCGGUCAAGAAUCCCAAGAGGAUAAAUCACUAUCACCAACAUCAACUGCCCUGGACCACCAAUUAGACUCGCCAGCAAAUGCAAGUCGGGCCAGUAAACACCAAGAACACCGAGAAAGAGAUCACGAAGAGGCCGCGGCAUUGAAGGCGUUGCGGCGUGCCGAAAUUGAGCGUCGUGCCAUGCAGAUUGAACCCCCUUUGCCGCCCAAUCUUCUCGGUCAUGUGUCUUGUUUUCAAACGGCAAUCAAGACGACCGCUCCUUUGGACGACAUUGCGUGGGACACGCUCUUGCCCAAAUUGCUCGCUGAACGAACUGGCGCCGAGAGAUCGAAAAACAAGAGUCUACCGAUCAGCCCAAUCGCCAGUCCCGAAACCAACCAUGAGUCGCUGAAAAAAGUUACGGACAAAGACUGGGAUGAUAUUCAAGGCCCGGUCCGCACUCAAAUUUCGAAAUAUGCAGACGACAUUGUUCGCAGCAGCUGGGGAAAAGGCCGCAAAGUCAAGAAGGAGAACAGCCCACGGUUUGCAGCAGAGGUGCUCCUGUCACCGUGGCGCAAGAUGCCGCAGUUGCCAUCGCAGCUGACCAACAGCCAGUCGUUGAUCCGCCCGAAGGACCCUUCACCCAGAAACUCACACUUGAGAAUAUGA